CGGAGUCAAUCACCACCUUCCGGAGACACCUGAAACCCCACCUCUAUAAGGAAUACCUAGGAUAGGAUAAAGUAAUCCCUCUCACCCCCCCCUCCCUUAAAAGAUUUAGAUGCACUACUGUUCCACUGGAUGUCAUAAGUUUGAGGGCAUUCCAGUCCACCCUCACGUUGGGCGUUUCUGGGAGGUGAUUGAGAAGUACAGAGUGACCAAGUUCUACACAGCUCCCACAGCCAUACGCCUCCUGAUGAAGUACGGAUUAGAUCCAGUACAGAAGUACGACCUGUCAUCGCUGAGGAUUCUGGGUACUGUAGGUGAGCCCAUCAACCCGGAGGCGUGGCAUUGGUACCACGAGGUGAUUGGUCAGAAGAGAUGCCCUGUGGUGGACACCUUCUGGCAGACCGAGACGGGAGGCCAUGUUUUAACUCCUUUACCUGCCGCUACACCUCUGAAACCUGGAUCAGCUACGUUUCCUUUCUUUGGCGUGGAGCCCACCAUACUGAACGAGCAUGGAGAGGAACUGGAGGGAGAGGCAGAGGGCUAUCUG